GUAAACUGAAAACACAGCUGAGCUUAUUUUUUGUACGAAAAUUAUUAUUUGUUAUAUAUAUGUAUGAAUUACUUUUAUAAUCCGAAGUAAGAGGUUUGUGGCUGUAAAUAAAAUGUCGCAAUCUUAUCUACAAAGAUCCAAUUCAACAAAUAAUCAGUAUUUUGAUGAUUUUGAAAAUGACAAAAACUUCAUACAUUUUGAAGAACCUGAAGAGACCUCUACAAAUGAACCAAUGCUAGAUGUACAGUGUUCAAAAGCAGUGGAAAGUUCUAGUAUCGAUGUGGAACCUGCCACUAUUAUAUUGAGAGGAUCAAGACCAGAGGCUAAAAUUCCAAUUAUAUUAAGAAGAAAUAUUUCCAAAGCCACUCAAGGUGGAACUCAUAACAUUGAAUCAUCAGAAACUACAAAAGCACCAGCAGUUACCAUGCCAAAAGUGAGCCCAGCGCCUAUUGAAAAUAUAUGGAGUAAUAAUAUUGAAUUGGUUAAUGAGACUAAAAAGAAAGGAAAAAAACCUAAUACAAGCGGUGGUUACAAUCAAAAUUCUAAUGUGCAGUCAUUUACCACGCCCGGUGUAGCACAGCUUCGUAAAGUUACAGGAAUACCGAAGUCUUUCCUGGCAAAAAAUUUUGAAGCGAAAAAAAUCUCUGAAUAUAAUAAAUGGACACAUGCUGGAAAACUAGAUCAUCAGCCUACUAUAAAAGAUUAUCAUCAAACAUUUGCUCAAUCGCCCAAUAUGGUGUCUCAAACUUCCGAUCUGACCCUACAAAUUCCAUCUAACAGUUUACAUCAGAUCUACUCCGAUAUAUCUGAUAAGCCCUCCGUCGAACAAUACUCUCCGACCGAUGUUUACAAUGAAGAAACUGGAGGUAUCCAAGGUCUGGAGUUAGAAGACAAUUCAAGUCAGGAAAGCGGUCAGAAACGACUAAGUGCGUUCCAAAGGCUCGGGCCUGUAAUGUGUCAGCCGAAGAAACCCAAGCUCACUAUCAACCUCUCCGUCGACAAAGAACAGUCUGUAAGGGAAGUUGUGGAUGUAACUGAGCAAUACCUGUCUGUCCAUGAACGAGAAUACAUCAUUAAGAGUGAGGAUCCCAUUGUCAUGAGGUACCGCGACAGCUGGCCAUGGAAGACCAAUCCUAUACCAAUCAAGAGGAGGGCUUAUCGACGCCAUUCUAAAACGGUGAUGAUGCUGGAGAAAGAGCAGUUUGACGAAGAAUACAAACAGGAUAAUGUGUUCAUUGAUGUGUUGGUCACUGGGUACCCGCCAUCUUGGACCAAAGAGAACGUUCUCGACGCUGUACUAGAGAAUUGUAAGGACAUCUCUUUCAUUCCUUGUUUUAUAAAGUUCACACCAAAGGAAUGCGAGUUCCUAGUCAACCGCUCUAGACUGGCACUGCUCAAUCUACAUGCGAUGGGUCUUAUACUCCCCGCGGGUGACGUUGAUCUGAUAGUCUCAUUGGCAGUGACUUACACGAAGACUACACACUUGGACUUUAUCCCGCGCACCGUUCUUCGGACCAAACUAAACAGCUGCUACGACGCUGAAAACCACAAACUCGAUCUAAGCGAGUUUACUUUGAAGCCUGACAUAAGUCAUUUCAUAUAUUUCCCGAUGCAUCGAACCGCAAAUCAGGCUGAUUUAUUUAGUGUACCGCAGAUCAACUGGGAAAACCUGAAAGAACUUGAUCUGUCUCACAACAGGAUAAGCAAAAUAGAGGGAUUUGAUUUAGCCCGAACAACGCCUAACCUCAAACGUCUAAAUCUAUCCCACAACAAGAUUGAAAGGGUCAUCUCGCUCAUCUCUUGCAAGGGCAUUAUGCUGAGAUCACUGUCGCUGGAGGGAAACCCGCUUUGUUGGAAUUAUGUCGAUGGAGAUCAUUACAUCAAAGUUGUGAGGACUCUAUUCCCAAGCUUAAGGGAACUGGACGGUAUACCAAUAACAUUGAAAGGUGACAUGCCGACGGUGAAGCAGAACUACUGCCCAGAAGGCGCCCAACCCGUAGUAGAAAAAUUCAUAGACGUGUUUAUUCCGCUACUCAAUCUGCCAAGAGGAGAGCGCAGGAGUAUACAGACCUUGUACCAUGCAGACGCCAUGUUAACUGUUACCUGUAGGAGUAAGUUGCGUUUCGGCCGAGACGCGAAGGCUCUUCGAAGUCUGUUCUGUAUGAGUCGAGAGCUUAAUGAAAAGGACAGAACGUACGUUCAUGGGGUGGAAAAGAUAGUCAGGCAGUUCAAGAGGUGGCCUGACUUCGUGCACGAUGUCACCUCAAUGCUCGUCGAUGUUAUGUACCAUGAUGACUCAACGACAGUGAUCCGUAUGAGUGGCGUGCUAACUGUGACGUCAUCGUCGCUAGCUGACGACGAGCAUCUGCUGGCGUACUCCAGGACUGUGGUGCUCAAGGUCUAUGGUGGACUGGAAUACAAGAUCCACAAUGAGAUGCUGUACUGGGACGAGCCCACUGCUGAAUGUGUUGCUCAAGCGUUCCACAAAACUCUUCCUACAAAAACCUUAAGCAUAAAGUUUGAAGGCACUCCUGAUGAUGAAAUUAAGAAGCAUUUGAUUAAAAUAUUUACAAAACUAACAUCAUUGGGCUCCAAGACAAGCGAAAGGUGUUUAACAGAAAAGGAUUGGAAUAUAAAAGAUGCUUUGGAAUAUGUUGUAAAACUUGUGAAAUUGGAUAAUAUAGACCUUUUGAAUAAGGAAUAAGUAUAUAAUUAAUAAGCAGAAAAAUAAAGUACACAUAUAAUGUUUUUA